AUGGCUCUGAGCUCUCGGGCGCAUGCCUUCUCAGUGGAAGCCUUGGUGGGGAGACCCAGCAAAAGAAAACUGCAAGACCCAAGAGAAGAGGUGCAGCCUGAGCUGCAGGAGAAAGAGGGCAGAAAGGAGGAGGAAGAGAGAAGGAGCGGCGCCGAAGGGAAGAAGAGCGAGCAGCCUGCAGAAAAACGACCCAAGACAGAGCCCGUAGCAACUUUCUCAGGCUGCGGCGGCGGUGGCGGUGGGGGCGGCGGCAGCAGCGGAGGCAGUGAGGACCUCAGCAAUGGUGAAAGUCUGGAAAAGAAAGAUGCUAUCCAAGUGGAGCUUCAAGGAUCCGAGCUGUGGAAGAGAUUCCAUGCCAUUGGAACUGAAAUGAUUAUUACCAAGGCCGGCAGGCGGAUGUUCCCCUCUGUUCGAGUCAAGGUGAAAGGGCUGGACCGAGGGAAGCAGUACUAUGUGGCCAUGGAUGUGGUGCCUGUGGAUUCCAAACGCUAUAGGUAUGUGUACCACAGCUCUCAGUGGAUGGUAGCUGGAAAUACGGACCACUCCUGCAUCACUCCCAGGUUCUAUGUUCACCCGGACUCACCCUGCUCAGGAGAAUCCUGGAUGAGGCAGAUCAUCAGCUUUGAUCGAGUAAAACUCACCAACAAUGAAAUGGAUGACAAAGGUCAGAUCAUUUUGCAGUCCAUGCACAAGUACAAGCCCCGUGUGCACUUGAUGGAGCAGGAAAGCAAGGUCGACCUGUCCCAGAUUCAGUCCCUGCCUGCUGAAGGGGUUAAAACAUUCUCCUUUAAAGAAACGGAGUUCACCACUGUAACAGCUUAUCAAAACCAGCAGAUUACCAAACUGAAAAUAGACAGGAAUCCUUUUGCUAAGGGAUUUAGAGAUCCUGGAAGAAACAGGGGCGUAUUGGAAGGGCUUUUAGAGACCUACCCAUGGAGGCCUUCUCUCACUCUGGAUUUUAAAACUUUUGGGACAGACACAAAAAGUGGAAGCAGUGGCUCAUCUCCAGUGACCUCUAGUGGAGGGGCUCCCUCUCCUUUGAACUCCUUGCUUUCUCCACCAUGUUCCCCACCUACAUUUCACUUACCUACAAGUUCCCUUGGAAUGCCUUGUUCGGAGGUGUACCUGCAUAGUAUCAACCUGCCCCUUUGCUAUGAGAUUUGUCCAACUAAUUUUUGGCGACAGCAGCCUCUUGUCUUGACUGCUGCUGAAAAGCUAGCAAGCAGCAGCAGUUCUCCAUCUUUAAGCCCACUCAUGAUGGACGUUCCCAUGCUAUCUUCCCUGGGAGUUGCCAACUCAAAAAAUGGAUCAUCUACAAACUUCAAUGAGCAGUGUCUACAAGAACCUAAUUCUUCCAAUGAAAUGUUGUAUGGAUUACAAGCACCUGGAAACAUUUUAUCACCAAACCCCAUUGCCCAGGAAACAGUUGAUUGCUUUUUCCACCCUUCCUUUGGCUUUUAUAGGUACAACUUCUCUGUGCCAUCCAGACUGGUAAAUGCUUCCAACCAUCUCAAAAUGAAUGACAACACUCAAGUUUCUUUUAGAGACGGCAAAUGCAAUCAUGCUGAUUGGUAUCCAACCAUUAAUCAUUGCCUUUAA